ACAAGGGGUAAUAACAAGGGUAACAGGGGUAACAAGGGUAACAAGGGUAACAAGGGUAACAAGGGUAACAAGGGGUAACAAGGGUAACAGGGGUAACAAGGGUAACAAGGGGUAACAUGGGUAACAAGGGGUAACAAGGGUAACAAGGGGUAACAAGGGUAACAAGGGUAACAAGGGUAACAAGGGUAACAAGGGUAACAAGGGGUAACAAGGGUAACAAGGGUAACAAGGGUAACAAGGGUAACAAGGGUAACAAGGGGUAACAAGGGUAACAAGGGUAACAAGGGUAACAAGGGGUAACAAGGGUAACAAGGGUAACAAGGGUAACAAGGGGUAACAAGGGUAACAAGGGUAACAAGGGUAACAAGGGUAACAAGGGUAACAAGGGUAACAAGGGGUAACAAGGGUAACAAGGGUAACAAGGGUAACAAGGGUAACAAGGGUAACAAGGGUAACAAGGGUAACAAGGGGUAACAAGGGGUAACAAGGGUAACAAGGGGUAACAAGGGUAACAAGGGUAACAGGGGUAACAAGGGUAACAAGGGUAACAAGGGUAACAAGGGUAACAAGGGUAACAAGGGGUAACAAGGGUAACAAGGGUAACAAAGGGUAACAAGGGUAACAAGGGUAACAAGGGGGUAACAAGGGGUAACAAGGGUAACAAGGGUAACAAGGGGUAACAAGGGGUAACAAGGGUAACAAGGGUAACAAGGGUAACAAGGGGUAACAAGGGUAACAAGGGUAACAAGGGUAACAAGGGGUAACAAGGGUAACAAGGGUAACAAGGGUAACAAGGGUAACAAGGGUAACAAGGGUAACAAGGGUAACAAGGGUAACAAGGGUAACAAGGGUAACAAGGGUAACAAGGGUAACAAGGGGUAACAAGGGUAACAGGGUAACAAGGGUAACAAGGGUAACAAGGGUAACAAGGGUAACAAGGGUAACAGGGGUAACAAGGGUAACAAGGGUAACAGGGUAACAAGGGUAACAAGGGUAACAAGGGUAACAAGGGUAACAAGGGUAACAGGGGUAACAAGGGUAACAAGGGUAACAAGGGUAACAAGGGUAACAAGGGUAAACAAGGGUAACAAGGGUAACAAGGGUAACAAGGGUAACAAGGGUAACAAGGGUAACAAGGGGUAACAAGGGUAACAAGGGUAACAAGGGGUAACAAGGGUAACAAGGUAACAAGGGUAACAAGGGUAACAGGGGUAACAAGGGUAACAAGGGUAACAAGGGCAACAAGGGUAACAAGGGUAACAAGGGUAACAAGGGGUAACAAGGGUAACAAGGGUAACAAGGGGUAACAAGGGUAACAAGGGUAACAAGGGGUAACAAGGGUAACAAGGGUAACAAGGGUAACAAGGGUAACAAGGGUAACAAGGGUAACAAGGGUAACAAGGGUAACAAAGGGUAAAAGGGUAACAAGGGUAACAAGGGUAACAAGGGUAACAAGGGGUAACAAGGGUAACAAGGGUAACAAAGGGUAACAAGGGUAACAAGGGUAACAAAAGGGUAACAAGGGGUAACAAGGGUAACAAGGGUAACAAGGGUAACAAGGGGUAACAAUGGUAACAAGGGUAACAAGGGGUAACAAGGGUAACAAGGGUAACAGGGGGUAUCAAGGGGUAACAAGGGUAACAAGGGGUAUCAAGGGUAACAAGGAUAAUAAGGGUAACAAGGGUAACAAGGGUAACAAGGGUAACAAGGGUAACAAGGGGUAACAAGGAUAACAAAGGGUAACAAGGGGUAACAAGGGUAACAAGGGUAACAAGGGUAACAAAGGGUAACAAGGGUAACAAGGGUAACAAGGGUAACAAGGGUAACAAGGGUAACAAGGGUAACAAGGGUAAAAAGGGUAACAAGGGUAACAAGGGGUAACAAGGGUAACAAGGGUAACAAGGGUAACAAGGGUAACAAGGGUAACAAGGGUAACAAGGGUAACAAGGGGUAACAAGGGUAACAAGGGUAACAAGGGUAACAAGGGUAACAAGGGUAACAAGGGUAACAAGGGUAACAAGGGUAACAAGGGGUAACAAGGGGUAACAAGGGUAACAAGGGUAACAAGGGGUAACAAGGGUAACAAGGGGUAACAAGGGGUAACAAGGGUAACAAGGGGUAACAAGGGGUAACAAGGGUAACAAGGGUAACAAGGGUAACAAGGGUAACAAGGGGUAACAAGGGUAACAAGGGGUAACAAGGGGUAACAAGGGUAACAAGGGGUAACAAGGGGUAACAAGGGUAACAAGGGUAACAAGGGUAACAAGGGUAACAAGGGUAACAAGGGUAACAAGGGUAACAAGGGUAACAAGGGUAACAAGGUUAACAAGGGUAACAAGGGUAACAAGGGGUAACAAGGGUAACAAGGGUAACAAGGGUAACAAGGGUAACAAGGGUAACAAGGGGUAACAAGGGUAACAAGGGUAACAAGGGUAACAAGGGUAACAAAGGGUAACAAGGGUAACAAGGGUAACAAGGGUAACAAGGGGUAACAAGGGUAACAAGGGUAACAAGGGUAACAAGGGUAACAAGGGGUAACAAGGGUAACAAGGGUAACAAGGGUAACAAGGGGGAACAAGGGGUAACAAAGGGUAACAAAGGGUAACAAGGGUAACAAGGGGUAACAAGGGUAACAUAGGGUAACAUAGGGUAACAAGGGGUAACAAGGGUAACAUAGGGUAACAAAGGGUAACAAGGGUAACAGAGGGUAACAAGAGGUAUCAUAGGGUAACAAAGGGUAACAAGGGUAAGAUAGGGUAACAAGGGGUAACAAGGGUAACAAGGGUAACAAGGGUAACAAGGGUAACAAAUGGUAACAAGGGUAACAAACAAAGGGUAACAAGGGUAAAACAAGGGUAACAAGGGUAACAAGGGUGACAAGGGUAACAAGGGUAACAAGGGGUAACAAGGGUAAAGGGGUAACAAGGGGUAACAAGGGUAACAAGGGUAACAAGGGGUAACAAGGGUAACAAGGGUAACAGAGGUAACGGGUAACGAGGGGUAACAGGGGAACAGGGGUAACAAGGGGGAAGAGAGGUAACAAGGGGGGACAAGGGGUCAAGGGGAGAAGGGAAAACAAGGGAAAUAGGUGGAACAAGGAGGAACACAGGGGAACAGGGGAACACAGGGGGACAGGGGAACAUGGGAACAAGGGGAACAGGGAAACAGGGGAACAGAGGGAGAACACGGGAACACAGGGAAACAGGGGGAACAGGAGAAAAAGGGAAACGGGAACAAGGCGAACAGGGGGAAGAAGAGAAACACAGGGGAAGAGGCGGAACAAGGGGAACAGGGAGGACAAGGGUGACAUGGGGAACAGGGAAGACAAGGGGAACAGGAGGAACAUAGGUGAACAGGGGAACAAGGGGAGCAGGGGAAACAAUGGGAACAGGGGGGGGGAAGACAGGGGAACAAGGGAAAUA